GAGACACUACUUACUGAAAUGCCUGCAGAUGGUGUGGGCAUGGUCAUUGAGGAAGGAGAGACAGAGACAUCAGCUAAGAGCCUCAAAGAGAGAAAGCUUUACCAUGUAGACUCCCUCAAUGUGGAAGCUGGAAAAGUUCUCAAGACUACAAGUCACAACACCACUAAGAUGAGUUGGAUAAGUACUCUGAGUCUAGCAUUUCAAUGCUUGGGUGUUGUGUAUGGUGAUCUAGGCACAUCUCCACUUUAUGUGUUUUCAAGCAUCUUCAGCAACGGUAUUAGUAACAAAGAUGACAUCCUCGGAGUCUUGUCUCUCAUGUUCUACACCAUUUUGUUGAUGCCUCUGCUUAAGUAUGUGUUCAUUGUACUAAGGGCAAACGACAAUGGCAAUGGUGGAGCGUUUGCACUCUAUUCACUGCUGUGUAGGCACGCUAAGGUGAGUUUGAUUCCAAAUCAGCAACCGGAGGACAAGGAGCUUUCUAAUUACAAACUCCAAACACCAUCUAAUGAGCUAAAAAGAUCCCAUCAAAAGCUAAAGCAGAUGCUUGAGAACAGUCAUUUUGCAAAGGUUCUGCUUUUAAAUAUAACCAUCUUGGGAACUACCAUGAUUAUAGGGGACGGCAUUUUCACUCCAGCUAUUUCAGUUCUUUCUGCAGUGAGUGGGAUCAGUACCUCAUUAGGUCAAGGUGUUGUUGUGGAGAUCACUAUAGCGAUAUUGUUCAUUCUUUUCGCUGCGCAACGGUUUGGCACUGAUAGAGUAGGAUUUACAUUUGCUCCAAUUCUUUCGGUGUGGUUUCUGUUAGUCGGAGGAACUGGUAUCUACAACUUGUUCAAAUAUGACAUUGGAGUUUUGCGUGCUGUUAAUCCAAUGUGCAUUGUUGAGUACUUCAAACGGAAUGGUAAACAAGGAUGGGUGUCACUUGGAGGGGUCUUUCUAUGCAUCUCGGGAUGUGAGGCUAUGUUUGCUGACUUGGGUCACUUCAGUGUACGAGCCGUUCAAAUUAGCUUUUCUUUUGUCACAUUUCCUGCUGUAUUGGCCGCAUAUUGUGGACAAGCAGCAUAUCUACGAAAAUUCCCUGAGAAUGUGUCCAACACGUUCUAUGCUUGUAUACCUCAUCACUUGUAUUGGCCAACAUUUGUUGUUGCUGUUGCUGCUUCAAUCAUAGCUAGCCAGGCAAUAAUUUCAGGAGCAUUUUCCAUUAUAUCACAGGCCCUAAGCAUGGGUUGUUUUCCAAAUGUUAAGGUUGUGCACACUUCCACUAAGCAUGAGGGUCAGGUGUACAUUCCUGAGAUCAACUACAUGCUCAUGAUUGGAUGCAUUGUGGUCAGUGCUGCCUUCAAAAACUCAGAACAACUUAGUCAUGCAUACGGGAUUGCAAUAAGUUGUGAUAUGAUAAUUACAACAUUCCUGGUUUCUGUUGUGAUGUUGGUUGUAUGGAAGAAGAGUAUAUUCUUAGUUGCUCUCUUCUAUUUUCCAUUCUCAUUCGUUGAAUUUGUAUAUUUAUCUUCACAACUCACCAAGUUCACAAAAGGAGGUUAUUUGCCUCUUGUAUGUGCUUUUGUCAUGACUAUGGUGAUGGGAACCUGGCAUUAUGUGCAAAAGGGAAGAUACAUGUUUGAACUGAAGAACAAGGUUGCCACUGGGUAUUUAAGAAUGUUGGCUAAUGAUCCGAACAUAAACCGGGUGCCCGGGAUUGGACUUCUUUACUCUGAGCUUGUCCAAGGCAUUCCUCCUAUAUUCCCACACUUCAUUGCCAACCUGCCAUGUGUCCAUUCAGUAGUUGUGUUUGUAACCAUCAAGGCAAUUCCUAUUAGCAGUGUUGCAAUUGAAGAGAGGUUUUUGUUUCAACAGGUGGAGCCGAAAGAAUACAGAAUAUUUCGUUGUGUUGUGAGGCAUGGUUACAGAGAUGUGCUUGGGGAUGUUGUGGAGUUUGAGUCCCAGUUAGUGCAGCAGCUGAAAGAAUUUAUCAGACACGAAAGCCUUUUGCUUGAGGUAGAGGAAACAACAACAGCAGAACAAGUACCUACUCCUACCAGUGAGAGUGAGAUAGAAGAAAUCACAGAUCAAGGUGCUUUAGCUAGGUCUCCUUCAUUUUCAGAUUGCAUUCAAUCAUUGGGUAUGACCAAGGGAGUUGAAAAGGAGAUACACUUUAUAAAGGAGGCAAUGGAGAAGGGUGUGGUGCAUUUGCUGGGGGAGGCAGAGGUAGUAGCAGAUCCAAAAUCAUCCAUCUUCAAUAAGAUAGUUGUCAAUUAUGCUUACAACUUCCUAAGAAAGAACUUUAGGCAAAAGGAUCUAUUGGUGGCAAUCCAUGGCAAGAGGCUUCUCAAGGUUGGAAUGACAUAUGAAAUAUGAUAUACAUGGCAUGCAUUGCAGAUUGUAAAAUAUGUGGUAUGUGACAAUUAAAAUAUGCUACUCGUUACUUCCAGAUACAACUUAAACUUGAAAGUUAAAUUGUAUCUCUUUUAAUUUUAUGUGCAAUUGUUUUCUGUGGACAUGACACACUUGGCAUUAGGAUUUUUGCACUGGGCUAUUUGUGGAAGGCUCAUUUGCUGUUUUUUUUUUGUUAUUAAAGUCUUGUGUAUGACAGACUUGUUUUCUUUAUUGUCUGGAAGGAGGUUAGUAGUGCAGGGCUUAUGUAUUAUGCGAGGUGGUGCUGUUAAGGGCUUUUAGGAAUUGAUGUACUCUUUUUCCUUCAGUAGGAUUUUUUUUCCCAAAUGGAUUUUUCCUAGUAAGGUUUUAAUGAGGCGUCUUUCCUAAGUUUUGAUCUUGCCCUCAAGGUUUUCAGUUUGGAUUGUUACCCUAUUACAUGGGAGGGAUUUUCCCUUGUGCUUUCAUCUCUUAAUAAAAUUUAUU